GGCGGCUCCGGGAGCGGCUCCGGCACCGGGAGCGGGUCCGGGAGCGGCCCCAGCGCAGCCCCCGCGCCCCCCGGCCCCCCGCGCCCCCCGUGCCCCCCGCCAUGGCGCAGACGCUGCAGAUGGAGAUCCCCAACUUCGGGAACAGCAUCCUGGAGUGCCUCAACGAGCAGCGGCUGCAGGGGCUCUUCUGCGACGUGUCCGUGGUGGUGAAGGGCCACGCGUUCAAGGCCCACCGGGCCGUGCUGGCCGCCAGCAGCUCCUACUUCCGAGACCUGUUCCACAGCUCCAAGAGCGCCGUGGUGGAGCUGCCGGCGGCCGUGCAGCCCCAGUCCUUCCAGCAGAUCCUCAGCUUCUGCUACACCGGCCGCCUGAGCAUGAACGUGGGCGACCAGUUCCUGCUCAUGUACACGGCGGGCUUCCUGCAGAUCCAGGAGAUCAUGGAGAAGGGCACCGAGUUCUUCCUCAAGGUCAGCUCGCCCAGCUGCGACUCGCAGGGGCUGCACGGCGACGACACGCCGGGCUCGGAGCCGCAGAGCCCGGUGGCGCAGACGUCGGCGGGGCAGGGCUGGGCGCUGCCCCUGGUGUCGCGGGUGAAGACGGAGCAGGGCGAGCCCGACGGCGUCCAGUGCACCUUCGUCUUCAAGCGCCUCUGGGACGGGGGGCCCAAGGACGCCGGGGGCAACGGCAGCAGGAAAAUGGCCAAAUUCUCGGACGCCGCCACCGCCGCCGCGGCCCCGCGCCCGCCCAACCCCGCCGGCGCCAACCCCGCCCCGGCGCCCACCCCGGUGCCCCCCGCGGCCGACCAGACCAGCCCCGGGGGCACGUCCAGCGCCUACACGAGCGACAGCCCCGGGUCCUUCCACAACGAGGAGGACGAGGAGGAGGACGGCGGCGAGGAAGGCUCGGACGAGCAGUACCGGCAGAUCUGCAACAUGUACACCAUGUACAGCAUGAUGAACGUGGGCAUGGCGGCCUCGGAGAAGGUGGAGGCCCUUCCAGAGCAGCCCCCCCCGGAGCCCCGUGCCCGUUUCCGGGUGCGCCAGGACCUGGCGUCGCUGCCGGCCGAGCUCGUCACCCAGAUCGGGAACCGCUGCCACCCCAAGCUCUACGACGAGGGGGACCCCGCUGAGAAGCUGGAGCUCAUCACCGGCACCAACGUGUUCAUCACGCGGGCGCAGCUCAUGAACUGCCACGUCAGCGCGGGCACGAGGCACAAGGUGCUGCUGCGCCGCCUCCUCGCCUCCUUCUUCGACCGGUGA